AUGACGAAGAAAAGACGUCAUCGCAGACGCAAUAGGAGCCAGGCAGCCAGCGUCCAGUCGAAGCCGAGGCACAGCCUCGUUGCUGACCGCGACGCUCCGCACAAGCAGUUUGAAAGUGUAAAUGCAUCACAGGAAGCAACUCACAACAAAGACACUGCUGGCAGCGAAGAAGACGGAGACAGGCUUAGCAAGCUGCCAAAUGACCUUCUGCUCAACAUUCUGGAGAGGGUGGACACGCUCGAUGCAGUAAGGGCCUGCGUCCUAUCCAAGCGAAUGCUCAAGCUCCCCGCCAUGCUCUCGCAGUUCUUCCUGAGCUGUAGUUCCAUUCCAGGUCACCAUGUUAGAACUCGUGUUUACGACGUCAGUGAAUUUGUCAGAACCAACACUGUUGUGGCUCAUGUAGCGGAUAACAUCUUGAGCACAAGGAGCCCGGAGAUUACCAUCAGCAAACUCAAAAUCAGAUUCAUCUUGAUGCAACCUGACUGUUACAUAAUUGGCAAAUCUGUCGCCCGUGCCAUGGCGACACAGAAGGUUGGCACAGCUGAGUUUGAGAUCGUAACAGAGAAGAUUCAUUUGAAGUGCUCUCCUGCCGAUCUCCGCCAUGCGAAGCAGUUCAAUGUUUUCGGUGCUUGUCCAGGUGCAUUUGCUAGCCUCAGGCGCCUGUGGCUGCGCAGUAUGAGGUUUGGUGAACUGGACAUACCCAAUAUCCUCAGCACUUGCAAGCUCCUGGAUUCUUUGCGUUUAUCCCAUUGUGACUCGGGGAUGAAUUCUUUGCUGCAACUAGAACAUGCUCAACUUACUGAGCUCGAGGUCGACUAUGGGAAAUUUGAGAUAGUUGAGCUGACAUGUCUACCAAAACUCCAACGGGUGAGCUAUAAGAGGUGGUUCUACUCUGAGAAAGAUCCCCUGUUAUUUGGUUUUGUACCACAUCUUUCAAAGCCGAGGCUUGCUAAAUCUGGCUCCCUAUCGACUAGGACUGUUGUGUUAAGUCAGCUCCUUGGUAAUGUUCCUUCCAUAAGCGAUCUGCAUCUGGAUUUUGAAAGUGAAAAGAUUUGGGUUCUGCCAGAAAGCCCGGAGCUGCUCAGACCUGUGCUUAGCAAACUACAGCUUGUGAUUCUGGACAAUCUUCCUGAAGGAUGUGAUUUAGCUUGGACAAUGUUUAUUCUUGAAGCUGCACCAUCCCUAAAAGAGUUGUGCAUCACAGUAUGGGAUCAUUGGUGCAAUAUGUUGAUGAGAGACAAAGAGUUUCGGGAGAGAAAUGGCUACUGUGAAAAGGUGGACGUGGAGUGGAAGCCACAUGCCCCUGAUUUCAAGCAUAAGAAUCUGGUUAAGCUCACCAUCUAUGGCUUCCAACCUGAUGACAUCUUUGUGGGAUUCAUCAGUUGUGUCAUGGAACAUGCGGUCAAUAUGGCGGAGAUAUGUCUGCACGACACGAAGGUAUGUCUGUGCUGUGGUGACGUGGAUCCAAAGGUGAAGUGCGCAUCCAGAUAUCCACGGAACGUUGAUGAGCGCAAGAAGAUCAUUGAAGAAUUGGGGAUUUCUUUGCCUGCUAUGGUUCACUUCCCGUCGUAAUAAUUGAAAAGAAAUGAGAUGUAUGACCUAGUAGUAGUUUGUAAGUUCUGUGUUCUAUGGUCUGUUGUUGGAAGGAGUUCAGGAAAUCCAUAAUUCAGUAGUUAUUGUGCUUGUACACUUGCUUUCCCUUAAAUUGAAGCUAUGUGAACUGUUGCCUAAUGGAGAAAAUAGGAGUAAAUUGCAAAAAACCACCACUAUUGGGGACACUAAUUCACAAAACCGCCACCAUUUGUUUUUUUUCGAAAAACCACCAACAUUGGGGUGACAGUUUUCA